UCAGAGGACAGUUUGGAAUUAGCACUACUGCAGACAUGACGCGAGUAGUUUGAUUUGGCUGUAAACUCGACAGAAGAGACAACGCUUACUACUUACGUCUUUCUCCACUGGACAAAGUUCUCUUCAAGUACUGGACAUUUUCACUGGGCGACGGCUUUUCCGGCGAGGUUGAUACAGUGGGAACUCAGACCGAGCUUGACUGUUAACGAACGACCGUAAGCAUGAAACUGGAAGUAUUCUGUGGGAAUCACUUCGCACCCAAACCAGUGGAGGUGUGCAGUGAUGGUGAGGGGAGCAUGCUCUCGCCGCUUUCUGGCGAAGAGGAACUGGGUUCGGAUGGGGAUUGUGUCGCCAACAGCCCCCCACCUGCCACACUAGAAGCAGACGGGAAGGGUAAGCCUUACACGAGGAGACCCAAACCACCCUAUUCCUACAUCGCCCUGAUAGCCAUGGCCAUCCGUGACUCUCCAUCUGGACGCCUUACGCUGGCGGAGAUCAACGACUACCUGAUGAAGAAAUUUCCCUUUUUCAGGGGUAGCUACACUGGCUGGAGAAACUCGGUGCGUCACAACCUGUCGCUGAACGACUGCUUCUUGAAAAUUCUGCGGGAUCCUUCCAGACCCUGGGGUAAGGACAAUUACUGGAUGUUGAACCCACAAAGCGAGUACACCUUUGCAGAUGGGGUGUUCCGUCGCCGGAGGAAGCGCAUCACUAAAAAGUCUGGCAAGGAUGAGGUCUCAGGACACACUGCCAGCGAAGACAUACCUGCCUCCAUCACUACAGCGCACUCCAAGAAAGACGGCGUAAAUACAAAGUUUUCCAGCUCUUUCGCCAUUGACAGCAUCCUCAGUUCGCCGUUUAAAGCAAAGGACGUUGGCAAGGCCGAGACGAACAUCUCCGGGGACAGAAUGAGGUGGCCCAGCAUCGCCCACGUGAUGCCUUACGUAAUGAGCUAUCCACCUGCUGCCCCGACGCAAGUGCAGCCGGUGUUCCAGGGCUACCCCAACGCUGCGCAUUUUGUACAGUCCUACAGGUUUUGCUAUUCGGACCCAACAAACGGCGCGGAUCAGCCACAGGACAGUUUCACUACCGUUCAGCUGACCUCGAAGGGCGUGCCAAUUUCUGAGACACGUUCCUCUGUUCGACUGGCACCCACUGUUAAAGAGCGCAGCUACUGCCCGUUCAAAAUUGACUAUUUGCUUUCGUAACACAUGUUACAGAGCAGGGGAUGGUUUAUUUGUUGUCGUGAGCACUUUUAUAUGCACUGUGUAAAUAUAACGAUAUGGGUAUCUCUGCAUUGACUUGAUUGUGAUGAUCAUUCGCUGCAUAUAGUGAAAUUCUGUGUUGUUGCCAUCGGCAGGAAAAUAUAUUUUAUGACUUAUACGAAGUUCUGUACUACACUGAACAAGGAUAUGGUCACAAGUCAGGACUGAAAAGGCAGCGACGACACUAUGAUGUGUAUAAAAUUGUUCUUUGAUCAUUUUUCGUGCAAACGGCAGUAUCCACGUGCUGAAAUGUGGAUAAAACCAUCCCAGCAGCAUAUUUAUGUUUUAGUUUUACUUCAAUAGUUUUACUUCAGUAAUUUAAGGUUUUAAUUGAUGUCUGGUAUUGUGACAAUGCUCGAAUCGAGCUGUACCAGAAUGUAAGCAUAGGUUUCGGAAACUGAUGAUGUAUGUAAGCAAGGUGGUAAAUUUGUAUAUUUUCUUUAAAAUGUAUUAUUUUGUAAUAAAAAAAUACAAACUUGUGCAAAGCA